UACUAGCUGGGCCCCUUUGGGAUGUCUCCUCUCUCCACUGAUAUUCCUCCUCUUCCUAGAUCAUAUCUCAUCCCAUCAUCGGUCAUAUUCUCCUCAGCUUCAUGUUGCUGAGCUAUAGGCGAAUGGUUGACAAGAGUACUAGUUAGCUUAAUAAUAUAGCUUUGCAAAAGUUGAGGUAAUGGAUCGAUCAGAGAUGGGGAGGGGAAGGGUUGAGCUGAAGCGCAUCGAGAACAAGAUCAACCGGCAGGUCACCUUCUCCAAGCGCCGCAACGGCCUCCUCAAGAAGGCGUACGAGCUCUCCGUGCUCUGCGACGCGGAGGUGGCGCUCAUCAUCUUCUCCAGCCGUGGCAAGCUGUACGAAUUCGGUAGCGCCGGAAUAAACAAGACAUUGGAAAAGUACAAUAGUUGCUGUUACAACGCUCAAGGUUCAAAUAGUGCUCUUGCUGGUGGUGAACAUCAGAGCUGGUACCAAGAGAUGUCAAGGCUCAAGACUAAGCUUGAAUGUCUCCAACGCUCUCAGAGGCACAUGCUUGGUGAAGAUCUUGGACCAUUGAGCAUAAAGGAACUGCAGCAGCUGGAGAAGCAACUUGAGUACUCACUGUCACAGGCUCGACAACGAAAGACACAAAUCAUGAUGGAGCAGGUCGACGAUCUUCGCCGGAAGGAACGCCAGCUUGGAGAGCUCAAUAAGCAACUGAAAAACAAGCUAGAAGCUGAAGCCGAUAGCAGCAACUGCAGAUCAGCCAUCCAGGAUUCCUGGGUCCAUGGCACCGUCGUCAGUGGCGGCAGAGUGCUGAAUGCUCAACCACCACCAGAUAUUGACUGUGAGCCUACUCUGCAAAUUGGGUACUAUCAAUUUGUCCGUCCUGAGGCGGCCAAUCCAAGAAGCAAUGGAGGAGGAGGGGAUCAGAACAACAACUUUGUGAUGGGAUGGCCCCUCUGAAGUCCAAGCUUGCUAAUAAAAACGCUGGCGUGCUAUAAUAUAUAGUUCGGCAAAUGUUGAAACACAUGUGUUCUCAGUAUGUAUAUUUCUCCCCUAUCCGGUGGUACUCUUAGCACGUACCUAUGAGUGUAUGUUUGUACGUUAUCUAUACUCUAUGCUAGGCAACCCUAUACUAUUAUGGUAAGACGUCUAUCUUUUCAAUCUAUCUAUACGUACCAUACUAAUUGGCAAAUUUUGUGUAGCUACCGGAUUAAGUGUGCUACCUACUGUAAAGAUCCCAAGAGUUUUGCAUGAAUAUAUUUGGCUAGAGCGAUCAUUUAA